ACGCGACGAGUCCAAGGGACUAACCUCACGAGCUUGGGACACGCGGAUAUUCCAAACAUCCUAUACACGCCUUUAAUUGCGGUAUUAUGCUCUCACGGUCAAUGAUUCUUUCAUACGUCCAGUGAAUAUCCAUCAGAGUCCUUCUCAGACAUGGCUGAUACAACACCCGCCUCGUCGCUGCCACCGGUAUCCUCAGUAGCUGGUUCGACUGCAGUGAGCCAUGGCUCGCAAGCAUCAAACGGGAGCUACGCCUUCUUAAUCCAUUCGCAGCAUACUUUACCACAUAAUCUUCCGCCUAAUGUUGAUAAUAAACCUCUCGCCCGUCAAAAGAGACGACGAACAAGUCCGGAAGACCAGGCCGUUCUCGAAGCCGAAUAUCGAAAAAAUCCCAAGCCAGAUAAAGCCUCACGGAUGGACAUUGUCAGCCGAGUGGCCCUAGGAGAGAAGGAAGUACAGAUUUGGUUCCAAAACAGACGCCAGAGUACCCGGAGAAAGUCGCGUCCUGUUGAGCUUCACGAAAUGAUCCAAUCCCCACGAUCAAGUCUGGGAGGAACUAGCACCAUGGAUCUUUCCCAAAUUUCCAUUCCUUCCUCCGAUGACCAGAACAAUGUCGCUCUAGCCAGUAGCUCACAAGAAUCGCGUGCAUCCGCCUCAUCACCCGAUCAGGACUAUGCACCUGAGGAAGCAUCGAAUGCUAAAGCAAUUCCCGAGUCGUCCCUUCAAUCAACCGCACCUUCCCAAUCAACCGAGCCAACAUUGACUCGUCAACCCUCGCAGAGCCUUCCCAGCUCCCAGGAAACGACCUCAUCGCAGCAGACGAAGAAUAAUUCUGCCUUGGAAUCUGGAAGAGACGAUUGGGAAAAGUUAAGGCCAGUGAUAUCUACACCUCGUCCUGAGAGCUUUCGUCCCAUAACCGCUGGACUGGGAUAUAUUUCAAAUAGACGCAAUGCACCUUUCCAAAGCCAUUCUCAUCAGCCUAAUGAUGGAUGGCAGCAGUCGCCUUCUUCAUCGCAAGGGACACCCAUACAACCGGGCUCGGCCGCAUCUUCCCAAUCCUCUCGAUCUUUGAAACGCUCGACGUCGUCACUCAGAAUGUCCAUGUCUAUUGACGGAAAGGCUCAGGUGGUCGCGAAUGACGGGGACUCUCCGCCGCCUGAAUCCCCAGGGAUACAAGAUGCACCUCAGAGACGCUCCGAUGGGCUCCAGCGGAGUCAAAGCGCCAUUGGACUUAAUGAGAUCAUGAAACGAAACCCACAAGGUGCGGGAAUGCCUUUUCCGCGUCGUACGCCCAGUGGAAGAUCGAGAGACGCGAGAACGUGGGAGUUUUACUGCGACAGCGGCGCCCGAAAUGCAUUAUCAGCAAAGGCAGAACAGGAGAGGAGCGGGUCUGCAGUCAAUGCCAUUGGCUUAUUGCGAUCGCGGUCCAGCAAUAUGCUUACGCAAAACUCUAACAAGCGGAACGCUCAGCUUUCCCGACAGGAAAACAUUAAGCGUGUCAAGCCUUCUUCCACGGGCGACGAAAAGCCAAAACUCGUGCGAGCAAGUUCGUCUCUUGCUCGGCUUCAAAAUGUCACUGGGGCUGGAAAGCGGCAACUGCUGAAGAUACAGUCCAAGUUUGGCUCAAAACCUGUCCGAUCUCAGUCUCCAUCAAGCGACUCUGACAAAGAGAACCGAGUUCCGGGAACUCAUGUCCAUGCUGGCCGUCGACGAGGUCUGCCACGGAGCCAGAUUGAGAACCAAGGCCAGCGAUCAGUAUUAAGAGAGAACAAUCAUAUUCCUAGCCACAGUACCAGCUUAGGAGCAACCUUGGCUCGCAAUAAUCAGUCAGCCUCAUCCUCCAAGAUUCCCAAGCCCAGCGCAAUCUAUGAUGGCGAUGACGACGAGAUUGCACAGUUUAUGGGAAGCUCCAACGUCCCACGAGAGGAAGAAGAUCUGGAUGCCGUGCAGAAUUUGCUCUCUCUCAGCCAAGGAAAUUGGAGAUGAGCAAGUAUUUCCCAACUGCAGAUCUUUCUGGCGUUUGACUCUUGCCGCAUCCAUUGUCACCGUAUUAGUUUUAAUAUGGCUUUCCCACCAAUUUCCGGCGUAUUGAUUCUCUGUUAACAUGCCAGAGCUUGGACAAUUUGUCACCCCUUCUUACUUGCUCUUUUUUUUGUUGCACAAAACCACAUAGCCACCUUCCUCUUUUGUUUUCUUUCCCUCUUCUCCUUCUUUGGCUCAAAGUAUGGCAUCGCGAAGCGCGUCGUUUGAAUAGCCUUGUGCUCUGGACCAUCGAAAAGAAAAUCGGGCGUUAUGGACCUUUUUUUCUUUUUUACAAUUCAACCUCAUUUUCCUUUCCUUUUUCUAAUAGGC